UUCCCUCCCCCUGCAGGCAGGUACAGCAGCUGUCUGAUGAGGUCUCCUUUUGUGACUCAGCUUUUUCUUUCACAGAGAGGGCAGCAUCAAGAAGCAGGAUCCACAUUUCCUCCACAAUUUCAGCCUAAAUGAGAGAACGUUUUGCCUUCCCAUUUUCUCCUUUCUGUCUGGGAUUUUUUACCCGGAGCCCAUGGAUCAGCCUAAAGAGAAGUGCAGAUCAUUAUCUCAUUUUUUCAUUUUUAUCCUCAAGUUGGAGUAAGGCUUUUCUUUUCAAAUAUACCCAUAUCUGAUGACUGGUAGGACAUUAGUGAUUUCGUUUACAUCGGUUGUGCUUCUUGGUGCUGUUGUCAAAUAGUUUGGGUCUAAUAUUUGUUGUUUGUAAUAAUCACUAUUUUUCCAUGUUUGUAUGAACUGGAAAAGACAUGACUGAAUGACGAAAGCUAUAAGCAAAAAUCUGUGACCCAGGAUAGACAAAGAGAGAAUUGAAUUAGUGAGCAAAGCAGAGGACAGUGAGGGGUGGAGGAUAGGAGGCGUGGCAGCAGGGAGAGGAGACUGGAUGCCUCCCACACUCUGAGAUGCUGUGUUGGCUGAAGGAGGACGAGAUGUCGGUUCAGGAGCUGCUGCAGCGGGUGCAGUGUGUUAUCACACACGUCGAUGAGAUCAUGCAGCAGGACAUCAGGCCCCUGCUAGCAGUGGAUAUCAUAGAGCAGCUUCAUCUGCAGUUUGCCUUGCUGUCAGGUGGACGGGGGAAGGAUGGAGCGCCCAUCAUCAUUUUUCCUGAGUACUCUGGCUUCAGUGAAGUGCCAGAGGAGGAUUUUCUCAAUGUUGUAACUUACUUGACCAGCAUCCCCAGCCUGGAUGCUGCCAGUAUUGGCUUCAUCAUCAUCAUGGACCGGCGGAAGGACAAAUGGAGCUCGGUCAGGGGAUGUUUGUCCAGGAUUGCUGGGGCUUUCCCAGGACAUCUUCAGCUGGUGUUGGUGCUCAGGCCGUCCAGGUUUUUCCACAGAACUGUCACAGAUAUUGGGAUAAAGAUGCACAAGGAUGACUUCAAAAUGAAGAUAGUGAUGCUGAACUCACUGUCAGACCUUCAUGGUUAUGUGGACAAAAGCCAACUGACCCGGGAACUUGGGGGAAGCCUGGAUUACAACCACAGUCAGUGGAUGCAUCAUCGAACUGCCAUAGAAAACUUUGCCAUGACGGUGAAAUCCACUGCCCAGAUGCUGCAACGGUUUGGAAAUGAGCUGGCUGAGACGGAUCUCCCCCAAGAUGUCCAGAGCACCAAAGACCUGCUGGCUGCACACACUGACAGACACAACCACCUCAAAGACGAACUGAAGCUGGCUCUGCGGCAGGGCUCCACCCUGUCUGGAUGUAUAAAGGAGCAAGCGGCCAAGUCAGAGAACCAUGAACUCAACCCUGAUGAGACGGAGAACCAAACCACCGUGGAAAGGCUGAUGGCCCAGUUGGAUGAGACGGACAACGCCUUUGAGCAGUUCUGGAGUAAACAUCACCUCAAGCUGGAGCAGUGCCUGCAGCUGCGCCACUUUGAGAAGGACUUCAGAGAGGUCAAAGUGACUCUGGAUGGUUUGAUGAAUUCUGUAAACACACUGGCAGACACAGCGGACUGUGCAGCCAGAGUUGAGCUUCUUUUAAAGGACCUGAAAGCACUGGAGGACAAAGCACGGCCCUCGCUGGAGAAGGCACAGCUGCAGGCGCUGCAUGGCGACCAGCUCAUCCAGAGUAGCCACUACGCCGUGGACUCCAUUCGCCCCAAAUGUGUGGAGUUGCGGCGGGUCUGCGAUGACUUCAGCAACGAAGUCCAGAAAAAGCAUGAUGUCUUGUCCAAAUCCUUGCAGAUACAUAGAGGCAUCGACAAGGUCAACCAGUGGUGUGACUCUGGCAUCUAUCUUCUGGCCUCUCAAGCUGUGGACAAGUGUCAAUCACAGGAAGGGGCAGAGUCAGCACUGACAGACAUUGAAAACUUUUUGGAAUCAGCAGAGAAGAACCAGCUAACAGAACUGAAGAACCUCCACAACCAGUUUGAGAUGGUUCUGUCUGAGGACCUGAAGGGCAGCGUCCAGAUGGUGCUGAAGCGACUGGAGGAUGUUCAGGAGAUGUUUGAGAAGCGGCAUGUUAGCCUUAAAAGACUGUCGGCCAAACAGACGAGGCCCAUUCAGCCCGUUGCUCCAAGGCCUGAUUCCUCACCCAAACGUCCUUCACUCAGAAACCCCCCGAGAGCUACAGGGAGUCCGCAAUCUUUUGCUCGCAGAGCAGCUGAUAACUCACACAGUGGUAGACAGGCAGCAGAAGUUGAUCCCAACAAGAAGAAAAACACUCGCAAGACCAAGGCAGGCAUCAAGAUCGAGGUGAUGCACGAGGAAAGCCAGGGAGGCUCCGCACAUGUUGUUGCUCCCGCUGAAUCUGAGGAGAGUCUGUCCAGCAGACGCAGACACAUCAUGACGGAGUUAAUUGAAACCGAGAGGAUUUACGUGGAGGAACUGCAGAGCAUCUUGGAGGGCUACUAUGUUGAGCUGAAUAACUCUGAGUUUAGCCACCUUAUCCCCCCAUCCCUAGAGAACAAAAGAGACGUGCUGUUUGGGAACCUGCCAGAGAUCUACGACUUUCACAACAAGACGUUUCUCAUGGAGCUGGAAAACUGCGUUGAGAAACCAGAGUUGGUGGGAAGCUGUUUUCUGAACAGGAAGGAAGAGCUUCAGGUGUAUGAGAAGUACUGCCAGAAUAAGCCUCGCUCUGAAGUCUUGUGGAGACAGUGUGGGGACAGCCUCUUUUUUCAGGAAUGCCAGAAGAAACUGGACCACAAACUGUCUCUGGAUGCUUACCUGUUGAAGCCCGUUCAGAGGAUCACUAAAUAUCAGCUGAUGCUAAAGGAGAUGCUCAAAUGCAGUAAGGAUGAGGGAAUGGUGGAGCUGGAGGAGGCUUUGGCCACCGUCAUCGAUAUUAUCAAGUCUGUCAAUGACUCCAUGCACCAGAUAGCAAUUACUGGUUUUGAUGGAAACCUGAGUGAGCUGGGGAAGCUGCUGAUGCAGGGCUCCUUCAACGUGUGGACCGACCACAAGAAAGUCCACAGCAAGGUGAAGGACUUGGCCAGGUUCAAGCCCAUGCAGAGGCACCUCUUCCUAUACAACAAGAUGCUCCUGUUCUGUAAGAAGCGAGAGGAUGCCACAGAGGGCUACGAGAAGACGCCGUCCUACAGCUUCAAACACUCGCUGAAGAUGAGCGCCGUCGGGAUAACGGAGAACGUGAAGGGGGACAGCAAGAAGUUUGAGGUGUGGUACAAUGGAAGAGAGGAGGUUUACAUUAUUCAGGCUCCCUCCAUGGAGGUAAAAAACAUUUGGGUGUCGGAGAUCCGAAAAGUUCUGACAGGCCAGCUGGAGGCAUGCAGAGAAGCCAGUCAGCUCAACAUCUACAGUGCUCCCAUCAGGAAUGUCCGCAAAAUGGCUCUCAGACAAUCGGAUUCAUCGAGUCCAGAGUUGGGCUUUAGGAGGACAAACCCUGGUCCUAACACAAGACAGAAGAAAGCCGACACUUCGGCCGGCCGCUUGGCCCACUCGGCUGGUAAUGCCAGGAAGCACUUCUCCUUGCAAGCACUUUCAAACCGAAGGUCUCUUCCAGCAGAGCCUGCUGCUAAGGAAGCAGAGGUUCCACGCCGCUUCUCCCUCACGUCCUCUCUGGCCUCCUCCUCUUCCAUCAGCGCUCGCAGAACAAAAGGUUCCCUUUCUGCUAGCAUAAAAAGCAAGAGACAUGAAAUAAAGAGUGAUCCGACUCCACUUGGUUAUGAAGAUACUUUGAAUGGUGCUAUCGCAGCAGCGAGGAAACGCCAGAGUAUGACUGGCAGCACUGGUUCUGGUGCCGGUGGCACUCCAUCUGUGCCUAGAUCUACCUCCCAACCAGGCUGUGUGCAGCAGCGUCUUCUUUCCAUGGACACGGAGGACUUUGAGACAAUUCCCUCUAGCGCAGAGGAGUCCUCCAACUCUUCAGAAGAGGACAGCAUCAGUAAAAAUCGUAACAGCAGCCAGUACCGGGUGCAGCUGACCUAUACAUCCUGUGAAGCAAGAGACCUUUCAUUGGGAGGCAGUGACCUGGUUCCAUUUCGAGAAGAAACUGAGAAUGGAAACUGAUGUCCUCAGUGAUGCAGGUGCAGCAGCCCCCCCUGGUUGACUGAAGAUCUAUCUCAGGACAGCAGAUGAAUGCGCCACACUUUGUGUUCAUUUGACAGCAAACUUUGAACUCAAACCUGGAGUGGGACCCGAUCCUACUUGUGGAAUUGGAGUUUCCAAGCAUUUGUUUGGUCUACUUCUGCUCUCUAGUUGGAGUUUUUCAUGCCUGGCUUUCUGCUGGAACCUCAACAUGCCUGAAGAGCAGCAGCACUUUUCAAACAUGCAAACAGCAGCGGAUGUCUGUUCUAUUCAGAACUUUGACAAUUGGAUACAGAACAAACAUCAGACGGAAACAGUCAGAUCAUUUUCUUCACCCAAUCUUAAGUAUUUAUUCCAGUUGGCAUUUUUCUUUGUGUUUCUCCACUUUUUGCAAACAUAAUGCUUAUUAUGUCAUUUUGUUCUUGCGGUCAUAUUUAGUAAUAAAAUGUGGCAUGUCCUGAUAACGUCUUCAUACUAGGAUCCCUUAAGCACUCCAGCUUUUCAUGCAACCAUGUAGCACGAUGCAGGACGGCCUCAGCGUUCUCAGGAAAAAAGAACAGAACUUAACCGCCAAAGGGGUAAACCAAUCAGUGUCCAAUGAUCCCGAUCCUUUACCUUCAUGACAAAGCAUUGUGGUUCGCUCAUUCUGAAAUGAGGCUGGCUGUAUUAGAACAUUAAAAAUCCCAGGAAGUUAGGAGCUGUCAAAAAUGGUUAUGUUCUUUUUUUAAACUGCUGAAUUUUUAAUGCUGUCACUUUCAGUCAAACAGUUUGUAACAAAUAUUCCCUGGGACCAAACAAGAAACGGACCUUUUGUUACAAACAUGUUUCAUUUCCUUCGUUGCAUUGGUUGCAGGUUUUCGUAUUAUCAGAUCCUGACAGAUCUUAGCAUGAUGCAUGAUGGGGUGGGGGGGCUGAUGGGUAUGAAGUGAAUUUUGUGCCAUUUUUCCAAGUGCAACAUUCAUUGUUUUGAGUGUAGAACCUAAAACAUUUUGUGUGCUCAAACAUUACUUUUAACUUAAAAAAUAAUAAAAUAAAAGAAAAAGAAGCGUAAAAUCAAACAAUUUUUGCUCUAUAGAGAAAUUCUCUCUUCUGUGCUCCAAGCAGAGCAGGGCUCUACAUUACAAAUGUGCCACAAAAUCCAGCCAAUCACAGACAUGGACAUAAAGAUUGAUGUCUGUGAUUGGCUGGCUUUUGUGGCACAUUUGAAACAUGGUGCCCUGCUCUGUUUCAAGAAACUGUUUUGCACAUAUUUCUACGUUUCAAGUGCAAAAUAGUUUUUUAAUGCUUUAAGAUCAAAACUGUGAGUGUUGUGUUUGAGAUACUGGCACAAAAAUCCCUCCAUUGACAAGCACUUUGUUUAAAAAGAAAUAACAUUGCUGAUCUAAGAUAUUUCUGCCAAACUGCUGUAUUGUUUUUACUCCUUUUCUCUUCUUCAGGCUUUGACUGUGUUCUGCAUGUCGACAUGGAGGGGGGAGGGGGGUCUUUUCUGUGUUAAAUUAUCACAAAAUUGGAACAAAAUGUUUUAAAAAGUCCAAUGACUCCUAAACAAUCUUGACUGUGACCACGGAAAAACAAUAAAACAUAAAUAACCUCCACAUUUCAGGUUUGACAGUCCACUCCUCCUGACCAUAUUGGAUUUAUCUUUAAUGAAAAAUGGUGUAACUUUUUUAAUGAAUCUAUAUUGCAGUUGUACUGCACCGUGAUGCUGUCUUGAUGGCCGUUUCUCCAAAUUAUGGAAUAUUAUGUCUGUUUAUUGUAUUUGUCACUGUUGUGUAAAUAUUUAUAAUAUGUUAUAUGGUUUUUAUAAUACAAACAAUUCAAUUUCGCUUUUUUGUUUGACAAUUCUAUCAUUCUGCUUGUAUAUAAAUAAAAGUUGUAAUAUGUGACAAUAAUA